GCACAGCAAGUGUUUGUUAUGAAUGUUGUGAUGUGCAUAUCUUGAUAACAGAGAUUACAAUGAUUUUAAAAACAUAUGAUGGCAGUUUAUUUAUUUUUAUUUUUCUUACCUUAAACUCAAUAACAAUUAUAACAGGCCAAAACUUCUGGAAAAUCAAUUCAUUAGAACAAGAUCAAGUUAAACCAAAGGAAGAUAAAAUAGUUUGGUGUACAAUAACUCCAGAAGAAUUACAAAAAUGUAGAAAUUUUUCUAUGGCCAAUGAAAGAGAUCAAAUUUUAGUUGGUUACAAAACAAUUAAAAUAGAGUGUGUUCAAGCUUCUAAUAAAAAAGAAUGUAUGGAAUGGCUAGAUGAAGAGAAAGCAACAAUGACCACUUUGGAUGCAGGAGCUGUAUUUGCAGGAGGAAGAUAUCACAGUUUGGUACCUAUAGCUCAGGAAGUCUUAGAAGGUGGUUUCAACUACUACUAUGCUGUAGCCGUUAUCAAAACUGGAACUCUAAGCUAUGUGAAUUCCCUUCGGCAAUUACGAGGUAUUAAAGCAUGUUUUGCUGGAGUUGAAACCUUUGCAGGAUGGAUUUUACCAAUAAAUACACUUCUGAAUGAAGGCGGUAUGGAUAUUAUAGAUUGUAAUAACCAUGUAAAAUCUGCCAUCAACUAUUUUGGUCCAUCUUGUGCUGUCAACUGUCUUACAGAUCAAUACAAUCCAAUCGGAGAUAAUUCUGAUAAGCUGUGCCAACUGUGUGUCGGUAAAAUACCCGGAGGAAGAUGUACCGAUUCCGAUCCAUAUGCAGGAUAUGAAGGAGCUUUUAGGUGUCUGCUAGAAGCGGGAGAAGUUGCAUUUAUGAAACAUAACACCAUACCUGAGCUUUUGAAUGGACUUGAAUUUGGUGGCCUUACUUUAAACAACUUUGAAUUGUUAUGUAAAGAUGGAAGCAGACGCCCUAUAGGAGAGUACCUGUCAUGCAAUUGGGGAAAAGUUCCAUCCGACGCUGUAGUUGUUUCAUCGGCUGUUUCUUUUGACGAGAGGCUGAAACUACAACGAUUUUUACAGAGAUUUGCCGAACGUUAUCCCAAAACUCACAGGAAUACUACACAAAGUAUUUUCGGAAAUCCAAAUGAACCAAAUCGAAAUGUAAAUGAUCAAAGUAACAAUCCCUACGCAACUGAUCAGAAUUAUAAUAAUAAUAAUAAUAAUAGAUUUAAAAGACAGGACUAUGGAGAAUACAAUCCGUAUACAAGAAAUGAUGAUAACCGAAAUCAAAAUACCAACGAUGCUUACAACCCUUACACGAGGAACGACGGAGGUGUAAAUGUAAACGAUCCCUCAAAUCCCUAUACGAGAAACGAUGAUACAAAUCCUUACACAAACAACCAAAAUAAUAACGACGCUUUCAAUAGAGAUCCUUAUACAAUAAACAGAGAUCAGUUUGGUGUUAACAUCGAUCCCUAUGGUAAUAACGACAACAGAAAUAAUUAUAAUCCUUAUUCUUCUGACACAGAAUCACCCUAUGGUCAUUUCCCUAACAAAACUCAUAAUGUUACAUAUUACGAAGUAUUCGAUUUGUUUGAGUCUAGUCCAAGGUAUGGAAUACAUCUAAAUUUAAUGUUCCAGGAUUCAGCCAGAGCAAUAAUUCCCAUAGCCGAGAACCAACAAACGUAUACAAACUUUUUAGGAGAAUCACUUGAAAUUAUCAUGGGCAUCAGGACAUGCCCAGUGGGAAGAAUGACACUAUGCGUCACUUCCGACGCCGAGAAAAAUAAAUGUGUCAAAAUGAGGACUGCAUUGAAAGCUCAACUUAUGAAACCGGAAAUGGAGUGCUAUAAGGGUCAUUCCCAAAUUCAUUGUAUGCAGGCAAUUAGAGCUGGAACCGCUGAUGUGACUGUGCUGGAUGCUAGUGAUGUAUAUACAGCUGGGUUAAACUACGAUUUAGUGCCUUUUAUUAGCGAGGUUUACAAUUUGGAAGAGCCUGAAUAUUAUGUGGUUGCUGUUGGAAAAGAAUCUGAUCCAAGUACUGAAUUGACGUAUUUGAAAAAUAAGAAUACUUGUCAUGGAGGAAUAAAUACAGCAGCAGGAUGGGUUUAUCCGUUGGCUUUCAUGAUUAGUAAUGGAUGGAUCAGACCAUACGGCUGCAACAGUAUUAGAGCAGCAGCUGAAUAUUUUUCAAAGAGUUGUGUCCCAGGAGCUAUCAGUACUGAAUAUAAUACAGGGGUGCCAUACGAUAACAUGUGUGAUUUAUGCCAUGGAGCGAGUUUCAGGUACUGCAGAAGAGAUGCUUCGGAAGACUACUACGGUCACACGGGAGCUUUCAGAUGUCUAGUAGAAGGUGGUGGACACGUUGCUUUCGUGAAACAUACUACUGUAACCGAAAACACUGGUGGAAAGAAGAGGGAAUGGUGGACUAGGGAUAAUCUUAACGACGAUUAUGAAUUAUUGUGUCCAGAUGGUACUAGGGCUGAGAUUAAUGAAUAUACUAAAUGUAAUCUUGGCAAAGUGAAAGCCAAUGCUAUCGUUACACGAGGAGGAUAUGGGUACAACGAGACCCAUAUUAAUGCCUACAUUAACCUGUUUUUGUAUGCUCAAACCUUCUAUGGUAGAAAAUUUGCUGAUGAAUUUAGUUUCAGUAUGUUUUCUUCACCACCUCCAUACGCCGAUCUGAUCUUCCAGGACGCCACAACGCAGCUAAAAAUUAUCCCUCCCAACAAACGACACUACUCAGAUUACUUAGGCAGUGAUUUUAUGCGAGCGAGGAGGAUAGUAGACUGCCAUGCCGGUAGUGUCAGUAUAAAAGUAACUUUACUGGCAGCCGUUCCAAUGAUUGUUCUUGCAUUUUUAUUGUAAUUACUAGUUUUUAGGUAGUAAUUCUAAUGUGAUGUAAAUAUUUCCGUCCACAAUUUUGUACUGAACGUCCAUUUUUGUAAGAUGUUUUUUACCUAGAUAUUAAGUUGAAAACUUUACAUGACUCUGAAUCUCAUAUUUUAAAAUGAGCAAGUGCAUUUUAGCAUAUAUGAAUUUAAUACUAUGCAAUUGAUUUUAAUGUUUAAGUGUAAAUUCUACAAAAUUAUCAACUGUAAAAGUGCCUUUUCAGCCUUUGUUUUUUUAAAUGAAUGUCUUUCAAAAACAUGUAUUUUUCACAUCAGUAAUCAUAAUUGUUACGGUUAUUAAUAAUUUUCUAUAUCUGACGUAAAAUGAGUACCUUAUUCUAGAUAAAUAGAAAAAUUGAAGAAAUAAAAUAAAAUUAAAAGCAAAAAGUAAAACUCGAAGAUUUCUACAUGUUUGAAAUCAAAAUUCAGAUUCUCACUCAAAUCUGUGGUUUCUGCGAUAUUAAAGCAAAGAGACGAUGAAAUAAAUCGAAAUAGGGAAUCUAAAAUUGCAUUACACAUCAUAUCAUUUGAUCUAAGUAAGAACCUUUGAUGUACUGGCUUCUAUUACUCAAAGUAUGAGUAAAUAAAUAUUUAGAAAAUAUAUUUAAGAUUUGAUUUCACGUAUAGUGCUUCUACAAUUCGCUUAUACGUAUUUCAUUUUCAAUAAAAUAAUUAAAGUUCAACUACAAGUAUCUAAAUGAGUUCUUGCAGAAUGCACUGUUUCAUAACUAAGUUGUACUGUUGUAUAUUCUAAGACUUGUUGAAGGUAUACAAUUUUUGUUUCUGCAGCAGUUGAAAACGCUUUGAAAUCUGAUGCAUAUGCAUUUAUACUUUCUGGUUUCUAAUGUUACAUUGGUCGCAAUAUUGUACUCAUAUAUAUUCAUUAUUUGUCAUUGGUUGUUAAACUAGUAACACUGUAGAUGAUAAUCUUCCAACUAUUUUAAAAUGUUCUCCUACAGUUGUAUGCUUGAACCCUGAUGGCCGACGAUAUAUGGACUCCUUCACCCUUUAAGGGGGAGGGUAUGGCCUGUACUAGCGGUAAUCUCUGGCACUUAUUUCAUACAAUCAGAAUUAAGACUCACUCUAAUGACCAGUCUCUUGUAUAAAAAUAUGUUUGUUUUUUAUUUAUAAGUAAACCGAAUCUCAACUUGGCUCGAAUAUAUUUUUUACGAAAUUAAUGAAUUUGUAAUUUUAAGAUUGGCUGACCAAAAAUAAGUCGCGACAAAAUAAUCUGAUUUAAUUAUAGUUUUAUAAUAUACUUAAGAUAUAUUGAUUUCAAAAGGGCUCAAAAACAUUGUUUUAACAAAAAAAUUAUUGCAACAUCAAUUUUUUUUAUAGAGGCCGUGGAAUGGUGUCUGUUCGGCUUAUAUUAACUUCUUUUUGAAAAUAGUUUUCCUAUUGACAGGAAAGCUUUCCUCAGAUUCAUGUCUCAUGUUCGACACGGUGUAGUUGAGUUUUACGUUAGAAAUUUGCCAGUGUCCAAACCAAGGAGAUGGUUUGACCGUUCAUCCUCAGAAGUCUUUCGUGCAACAGUUUCCAAAGCUACAAUUGCCAUUUGGAUCGCCAACCUCCGAAAGGAGACGGCGGAAUAAGAAGAAGAAGUAUACAACUGUUGCCGGAGUUAGAAGAUGUACAGGGUCGGUGUCUUACCUUGGUUCGCUUUUUUU